AUGGUUGCAGCCGGUAAUCCAAUUCUGAAUACUGAAACAUCACCAAUAAGAGACGAAAAUGAUGAUGAUGAUGUACAGCUGAAUAAUAAUGAUGCUGGAUAUAGCCUUGGGUUUGAUUUAGAAUUGGAGACAAUAGCUGAAAACGAAAAGGAAGCUCCUAAGAAGAAGCAUCGAGGGCCAACAAAGCUUACACAAGUUCAUGCGCGUACAAGAGAAGAACGCCAAUAUAUUAUUCUGAACUCAUUUGGCCAACCAGUAGGACCUACAAAGGAAAUUGUUGAAGAGUUUAAGUUCUUCCUCGGAACUUUGGGGAAGGAUUCUGAGCUUGCGCCACUCAAUUAUGUCAAUUUUCGAGAUCUGCCCACACAUGACAAAAUAUGGGAUUAUGUUUUGGAAAAAUAUAUAGUUCCUGAAGCCGGAAGAAAAUAUGCAAUGGAGGCUGUCAAUACAAGUUGGCGUAGUUAUAAAUGUAGAUUUAAGAAGAAUCAUUUCUAUGCAUAUGCCACUGAUGAGUUAAGAUGGAAGAAUAAACCAGACACUAUUUCAGAAGAAAGUAAGACCAACAGAGAAAAUCGUUUGUUGUUAAAUGAUAUGCACACGAUGGGCCGUAAGGGGUUUGGAAUUUUACGUCAUGAAUUGCAAGAGCAGGAUCCGGAUAAGCAAGAACCUUCUCAAGCAAAGGUCUACAAAGAAUCAAGGAAAAGAGUUCCAGGGAGAACAUACCUUACCAACCCUGAGAAAACCGAAGAGAAUAUUGCAAAACUAGAUGCUUUAGAGUCCACCCAAAACGGAGAAGAAGGGAGAAAUUCCAAAGACCUUAUCUCUGAAGUGAUACAAGGUCCCAAAAGCAAAAGCAAAAGCCGUGUACCACUUUACGGAAAAGGUGUGACAAAGAGUGACUUGAAGAAAAAGGAAAAAAAAUCAGGAUUCUUGAUUCCGGAAGAGUUCUUGCAGAGUAUGAAAACAGAGUUGGUGCAGCAACUUGCACCCCACGUUGUGUCUAUGAUUGUAUCUCAACUUCAAGAAGCUAAUCCCGAGAUUAAUAUAGUUAUUCCUGAUUUUGUGACACCAUCAAUUCCAAAUGGUGCAUCUAGUGCGCCGCAUGUCAGUGAGCGAAAUGGACAGUCUGGUGGGACAAGCAGGACAAUUAACCAGUUGGACAGUCUCCUUGUGUAUUUGAUGGCAACUCUUCUAGGGAAGCUUUGUGAAUCAUAG